AUGAUAAAGAUGGAGCUGUCCAGGGUUCACGUGUUGCUUGGAGCUGUAGGGUUUCUUCUGUGGACCUGCAGUGGCUCUGCUGCACCCAUGGAGUGCCACUUUAACUUCAGAGCUCUGUGUGUUUUCGAGGGGAGGCACUACUCCCUGGGUGAAACCUGGAUGGACAAUGCCUGCAUGCAGUGCACCUGUCUUCACCCUGUAGGGGUCGGUUGCUGUGAGACAGUGCAUCGGCCUGUGGACUUCCCUGCAUGGUGUGAAGUGCGAGUGGAGCCAGUGACCUGCAAAGUGUCUCUAGUCCAGACAGCCGACCCCCGCCUGCCCUGCUCUCCCGGUGAAGAGCACAAGGACCCGAGCCAUGGAUCGCUUCAGCUGCAGCAACAGCUCGAGGGCUAG